AUGCUUGUGCCUGUCGGAGAUGCUUUCAUUGCCUUGGACGCAUCUCGAAACACUUCUCCUUCAGAAGACAAGGCGCGACGUGGAAACGCAAAAGACUCUGUCAGAACACCAACCGACUGGAACCUGCCCCAGCAUAUCUCGCACUCAACACUCACGCAUUCAGAUCCACUGUACUCAAGCUACUCUACCAUUAAGGGCUAUGUUUGCCCUCAUGAAGACUGUGGCAAGCACUUUACUCGGUCGUAUGAUUUCAAGAGGCAUCUUAUGAUUCACACUGGGGAGAAACCGUUCGCUUGCCCGAAUUUUGCAGAUGAUCCCCACUCCAAGAAUAGCACUUCACUUUCUACUUCUCCUUUCACAUCCACAUCUACAAACCAGGACCUCAAAGAUCUUGGAAAGAACAGCCGCGUCGACGUCUCUUAUACAGCAGCCGUUGCCAGUCUCUCUACGCUCAUACGGCCAGGGACGAUCUUCUCCAACGUUUCAGUGACACCCUCGCAUGAAUUCAAGUUAAUUCACUCUGAAGCGUCCAUCUCGAUGAACAACCGUAGUGUAAGGACCAGUGCCAGCUCGGACGCCAUUGUAUCCAGCAGAGGACUUGUGGCUGCAACCAAGGCCAACAAGAGUCCUCGACCGAGCUCAUCGUCGUCCUCUUUCGCUGCCUUGGUCGCCUCCGGCACCAUGGUUUCAUCAGCGUUCGCUACCGUAGGAGAAUCACAGGCCUACUCGUGCAACUUCUGCCCUCGAAAGUUCUCGUUCAUGUCACGCCUCAAGGAACACAUGCGUACUCAUACGGGCGAGAGGCCCUUCUCUUGCCCCCACUGUUCCCACAAAGCCAAGUACCGCGGAGACCUCACCCGACACAUCCAAUUCGUCCAUGGAGUCAACACUGCCUGA